GUGAACUGUCUAAUCUGUGCCUUUUUAUAUGUUGAGUUACGGAAAGGGAUGAUACGGAAUACUUCCUUAGAUUUCUGACCCCGUUGCUAAGGAAGGCCUAAAAAAUCCACAAAACCAACCCACUACAGCCUUGUAACACCGUGCUCCAACAGCACCACUGUGCACCUCCAGUCCUGUUCCAGGGACUGGCUGCAUCCAGAUGUGCCCAACUGGCCCCCAACUCAGUGUCCAUUUUGAAACCUGUCUUUCUCUGGAUGAAGUUCAGUAGAGAUCUCUGAGAUGCUGAGAGGCUGGAGGGACAAAGAAGGAGGUUCUGUGGGUUCUGGGGUUGUGGUCUUAGGCAGGGAAGGCAAGGUGGAUGUCAUUGCUCUAUGCAACUGCCUGGGAGAGGUUUGGAGCAAUGCCAAAGCUUACUUCUUCUAGGAGGGGAACAGGAACAGGAUGAGAGUCAGUGGCACACGCUACAUAGUGGGGAAAUUCCCAUUCUCAGAGGCUGGGAGAGAAAAUCUGAAUCUGUGAAGACCUCCAGCCCUCCACAGAGCUGUCCACAGGGCAAUGUGCUCCUGUGUUGAGGAUUUCCCUGCUCCCCCCUUGCUCUCCCCUGACCCAAGGAUUUGGGUCCUUGCUCUACCACAGCCGUGACCUCAGGCUGUGCUGCCCUGGCCCUGCUGUGUGCCCAGGGGGACCACAAGGACUUCUGGAGCGUGGGAGGGGAGGGGCUGAUAUUUCUGGGACCAAUGAGAGGGUGCUGAUACCUGCGGCUGUGCUUCAGUGGUCCCAUCUGCUACAACGCAGAGCAAACUUCUGCUUCUGCAGAUGCUGGCUGCACUUCUCCUUUGCACCUCCGAGACACAGUGCAAUCACCAGGAGCAGGACCAUCCCAGAAAGGCACCCCAAGGGCAGAGUGGGAGCCUGAACAGCUCAGGGCUUGCCCAGCACUUGCCCACAUGGCCCAGAGCAUGGUUUAUGCUGACCUGAGGUUUGCCAAAGUGAUGGGAGGCCGGAGCAUGGCCAGCCAGGCACUGGAGGCAGCCCUUGGCAUGGAUGAGGCAGAGAGCCCCCAUGAGAACACGCAGCCGGUGCCGGCAGGGCAGGACGGGGACGGGGCCCAGCCCAACCCAGGCCACUGGUCCCGGCGGUGGUGCAUCCCAGUGGGGAUGCUGACAAUCUGCCUGCUGCUGGUGGCCACUGUGGCCCUGGGGGCUUGCUACUGGCAGGUCACCCACACCCUGCAGGACGCCUCCCGCGACCACGCAGCCGAGCAGGGCCGCCUGUCACAGGAGCUGAGCACUCAGGAGCAGAGCCUGGAGCAGGCACGGGUGGAGCUGGCGUGGGCCAGAGAGGAGCUGCAGCGAGCGUGGCACGAGGGCAACAUCAGCCAGCUGGAGCUGGAUAGAAUGAGCGCCGAGCUGGGGCACGUCAGGGGGGUCCUGGGCAAGACGGAGAAGGAGAUGCAGGAGGUGCAGGGGAAGCUCAACAACAGCGAGAGCACUGUGGCUGUCCUGCGCUCCUGCACAGCUAUAGAUUGCUGCCCCUCCGGCUGGCUGCUGUACAGGGGCAAGUGCCUCUUCAUCUCCUCGGAAAAGAAGACAUGGGAGGACAGCAGAGAUGAGUGUGAGAGAACAUAUUCUCAGCUCCUGAUCACCAAAUCCUGGACUCGCUGGACUGUGCCGACCUUCCUGAAGAAUGCAGAUGUCCCAUAUUGGAUAGGACUGCAGAAGAGCGGCUUCCCCUGGUAUGACUAUGGCUGGCUGGAGGAAGAGGACCCAGAUGGCGAGGGGCUCUCCGAUGCCUGGUUCUGGGUGGAUGGCUCCCUUUAUGAAAGGCCAUGGCAGUCAAAGUCGAAUGGGUCGUGUGCCAUAAUAAGCCGUGGAAACAUCAAACCUGCCCAGUGCACCGGCCCCCAUGACCUGCACUUCUGGAUCUGUGAGAAGGCAGCGGGGCCAAGCUCCCCUUUCAAAUGAUGAUGGCUUCUGGCUCCAGUAUUGCUGUGGUGAGUGUGCCCACAGCAGGUUCUGCUGAGCCUGGGGUGUAUGGGGCCUGUGGGGUAUGCAUGGAGGAAAGCAGGGAGCCUGUGCCACUGCCUGGGGCAUGUUGACCCCGCCCCUUGGAGCCUGCCUCCGUCCCUUCACUGCCAUAGAAGGCCCUGGUCUGUGGUAGUUCUAGAGGACUCCCUGAAGCUGUGGCUCAGCAAAGGGGCAAAAUGGGGGAAAACCCUUUCCAAGAUGCCUUUCCAGCCCUGUUGCAUGUCUUGGAGGCUGGGUGACAUCUCACCCUCACCCUCCUCCGCCUUCCCUUGCAGCACCUGCACCCUGCACUGCCUCUGCUCCAGCCUUGCUACGUUCCUGCCUGGGAUGUUCCAUCCAUUCAGGCAAACUACUUCCCCCUACAGACUGCUGCCCCCCCCCCCGGCUGCCCAGGUCCUUCUCAGGGAUGCCCAGUAAUGCUUGGGUAUCACAUAGGCAGCAGUGGCUGUUUGCCCCCCAGCUGAUGUGCUUCAGCAGAGCAGUGUGGGCACCACAGCCCAGCCCCACACCUGCAUGGGACACCCUGGGUCUUCAUGGCACAGAGUCUGGUGGGCAAUGGGGAGCCUGGACCAGGACACAGUGGAGUAAGCCCUGAUACUCAACGCUGCAGCCAUGCCACAUCCCCAGAGCUGAGUGAGGUGUGGUGUUGGCAUGCAAGGAGCAGGAGUCAGGGGCGUCACAGCUCCACGCCCAGCCAGUCCCUUCCCCGCAACAGGCAUUUGCUACCGGACCCCAUCGAAGGAGCAGCUUGGCUACAGCUUUCAGGCGACCCCGCACUCAAAAGGCUCAGCAAAGCCUCAGUGCCCAAGGAGCGAAGCUGAGCAUGAACUGGCCGGCGCCUGCGCUGGCGUUUGGGGAUUUUUUUUGCUGAUUAGAAAUUAGAGCAGUGACCUUUAGGGUUGUAUGGUGUGAUUGUGUGUUUCAAAGCAAAAGCAACUCAGGCACUUGCAGCAGACUGAUGCUUUCCGAGACAACUCAUCAGGACUUUAAAUAGUUACUACACACGUGCACAUGUGAAGAUUAAGCAAAGUAGCCCUGAUGUAAUGCUGCAGCCAGGUGAGAGCAGAGGAAGUCCUGUUCAAUCAGGCGAAAAUGCUCUCAGUUUACAGUGGGGCCAUAUAUAGUUGAUUAAUUCUGUGUUAAUUAGCUUGCUUGAAGAGCAAAAGGGUGUUAAAGACAGGCUUUUUGGAGGUGUCUGCUGGCUGAACCCACUCUGUAGCAAUAAAGAGACAUAGUUCAUCUGCUCUUUGCUUUCUUGUGUACCACCAAAAACAGGGACUCAAGGGAAUGAACUCAAAGAACUUAAAUAAUAAAUGGGAAUUUGACCGAAGCCAUUUCAACCGAGACAGGCACAUAAGGGACACUGAGAUCUGGGGCUAAGCCAGGCUGGCCUGCAGUCCCCGAGGAGUUGCCCUGAAGCCCCAGGCAAGCCUGUGCAACCUUUUGGGACUGGGAC